AUGUGGUUGGUUACAGAUUCGACUUUCCAAAUCGUGAUCAGGAACAACCCUCCCAAUCCGCUCGGAGGAUUCUAUGCCGUAAUCCUCACAGGUGCCACAGUUGCCUGCGUGGCUCAAGCGCUGUCUUGUCACAUGGCACAGGAGGAACACAUCGUGUCUCUCACCCGCUUGAAGGAGUCCAUGAUGCUCCGGCUCGGGCACCAUGUCGAGCACCAACGAGAUCUACUGGACAUGAUCAUUGCGCGCUUGAAGUCCGGUGGCGACUACCAGACGAAGCUCUUGUAC